AUGCUUAAAAAUGUAAUUUUCCUCACCGCUGUACUUUCUUUGUUAAAUAAAACUAUGUGUUUUUAUAUUCUAAAACCAACAGAAGCUAUUUAUACAAGAUCAUCAGCUCUCAUCUUUAACUUUCAAACGCCGCUAUCAGACCAAUCUCAAGCAAAACAUGAAAUGAAAUUAAGUGGAUAUAUGAACGAAAAAAAUAACAUAAGAAAAAAUGAAAUGAAGAACACGGAAGUUAAUCCUAACAACACAUACGAAGACAAUGGACAUCAAUCAUAUUCCGAUUUAUUUAAUAAAAAUGUUACUUGCGAUAUAAGUAACGAUUCAGACAUUAAUUCAAAGAAGGUACCAAAAACAGAAAUUAAAACCAAUCUAGACUUGAUUAACACAGAAAACAAACAGGAAUAUAAAACUACGGAUAAAUCUGAUACAGAAACGACUACUUAUAUUGAAGAUUUUACUACUUACGACUUCUUCAAUGAAAAUUCUACAGCAACACCGGUCUAUAAUGAAGAGAUACCGGACGGUGAUUUAUCAAACCGUGCGGAUGUUCCAGCUCUUGUACUUGCUUCUAUGGUUGGAUGA